CCUGUGACCAGCGCCCUCCGGGGUCCAGUGGCAGUUCAGAUACGCUCGCGCCCGCGUCACGUGGGCCGAGGCGCUCUUGCUGUCCCUCGCUGGCGGGUGAGGCGGGAGGAAGGAGCUCUGGCCACCGCUCGCUCUACCUCUGUGCCCCAAGGCGGGCUCGCGGAUAAAAAUGGCGAAAUGGGGGUAGCCCGUACAGAACCUGAAGCGAUGGGGCGCGCAGGUUGGGCAGUUGUCGGAGCCCCUUGACGCGGGCCCAGGCUGUUCCUGGUGAUUUGACCUGGCGACCUCGGGUCAGCGCCUAACAGGGCAAACCACGGACUCCGCGGGUCGCGGGGGGCCCCGCCGAGAGCCGGAGGCAAUGGAUGAACAGAGUGUGGAGAGCAUUGCUGAGGUUUUCCGAUGCUUCAUUUGUAUGGAAAAAUUGCGGGAUGCUCGCCUGUGUCCUCAUUGCUCCAAGCUUUGUUGUUUCAGCUGUAUUAGGCGCUGGCUGACAGAGCAGAGAGCUCAGUGUCCUCAUUGUCGUGCUCCUCUCCAGCUUCGAGAACUAGUAAAUUGUCGUUGGGCCGAAGAAGUUACACAACAGCUUGAUACUCUUCAGCUCUGCAGUCUCACCAAACAUGAAGAAAAUGAAAAAGACAAAUGUGAAAAUCACCAUGAAAAACUUAGCGUGUUUUGCUGGACUUGUAAGAAGUGUAUCUGUCAUCAGUGUGCACUUUGGGGAGGAAUGCAUGGUGGACAUACUUUUAAGCCUUUGGCAGAAAUUUAUGAGCAGCAUGUCACUAAAGUGAACGAAGAGGUAGCUAAACUUCGUCGACGCCUCAUGGAACUAAUCAGCUUAGUUCAAGAAGUGGAAAGAAAUGUAGAAGCUGUAAGAAAUGCAAAAGAUGAGCGUGUUCGGGAAAUUAGGAAUGCAGUGGAGAUGAUGAUUGCACGAUUAGACACUCAGCUGAAAAAUAAGCUUAUAACAUUGAUGGGUCAGAAGACAUCUCUAACCCAAGAAACGGAGCUGUUAGAAUCCCUUCUUCAGGAGGUAGAGCACCAGUUGCGGUCUUGUAGUAAGAGUGAGUUAAUAUCUAAGAGCUCUGAGAUCCUAAUGAUGUUUCAGCAAGUUCAUCGAAAACCCAUGGCAUCCUUUGUUACCACUCCUGUUCCACCAGACUUUACCAGUGAAUUAGUGCCAUCUUAUGAUUCAGCCACUUUUGUUUUAGAGAAUUUCAGCACUUUGCGCCAGAGAGCAGAUCCUGUUUACAGUCCACCUCUUCAAGUUUCAGGACUCUGUUGGAGAUUAAAAGUUUACCCAGAUGGAAAUGGAGUUGUCCGUGGAUACUACUUAUCUGUGUUUUUGGAACUCUCAGCUGGUUUGCCUGAAACUUCCAAAUAUGAAUAUCGUGUGGAGAUGGUUCACCAGUCCUGCAAUGAUCCUACUAAAAAUAUCAUUCGAGAAUUUGCAUCUGACUUUGAAGUUGGAGAAUGCUGGGGCUAUAAUAGAUUUUUCCGUUUGGACUUACUUGCAAAUGAAGGAUACUUGAAUCGACAAAAUGAUACAGUAAUUUUAAGGUUUCAGGUCCGUUCGCCAACUUUUUUUCAAAAAUGUCGGGAUCAGCAUUGGUAUAUCACUCAGUUGGAAGCUGCGCAGACUAGUUAUAUCCAACAAAUAAAUAAUCUUAAAGAGAGACUUACCAUUGAGCUGUCUCGAACUCAGAAAUCAAGAGAUUUGUCACCACCAGAUAAUCAUCUCAGUCCCCAAAAUGAUGACACUCCAGAGAUGCGAGCCAAGAAGUCUGGGUCAUGCUCUGACAUGCUUCUUGAAGGUGGCCCUACUACAGCUUCUGUAAGAGAGGCUAAAGAGGAUGAAGAAGAUGAGGAGAAGAUUCAAAAUGAAGAUUAUCAUAAUGAGCUUUCAGAUGGAGAUCUGGAUCUAGAUCUAGUUGGUGAAGAUGAAGUAAAUCACCUUGAUGGCAGCAGUUCUUCUGCCAGUUCCACAGCAACAAGUAACACAGAAGAAAAUGAUAUUGAUGAAGAAACUAUGUCUGGAGAAAAUGAUGUAGAAUAUAACAAUAUGGAGUUGGAAGAGGGAGAACUGAUGGAAGAUGCAGCUGCUGCAGGACCUCCAGGUAAUAGCCACAGUUAUGUGGGUGCCAGUAGCAGAAUGUCAAGAAGAGCACAUUUAUGCUCUGCCGCUACUAGUAGUUUAUUAGACAUUGAUCCUUUAAUUUUAAUACACUUGUUGGACCUUAAGGACCGGAGCAGUAUGGAUAAUUUGUGGGGCUUACAGCCUCGCCCACCUGCUUCACUUUUGCAGCCCACAGCGUCAUAUUCUCGAAAAGAUAAAGACCAAAGGAAGCAGCAGGCAAUGUGGCGAGUGCCCUCUGAUUUAAAGAUGUUAAAAAGACUCAAAACUCAAAUGGCUGAAGUUCGAUAUAUGAAAACUGAUGUAAGGAAUACACUUUCAGAAAUAAAAACUAGCAGUGCUGCUUCUGGAGAUAUGCAGACGAACCUUUUUUCUGCUGACCAGGCAGCUCUGGCUGCUUGUGGCAUUGAAAACUCUGGAAGAUUACAGGAUUUGGGAAUGGAGCUCCUGGCAAAGUCAUCAGUUGCUAGCUGUUACAUACGAAAUCCCACAAAUAAGAAGAAUAAUUCACCCAAGCCAGCUCGGUCCAGUGUUGCAGGUAGUCUUUCACUUCGAAGAGCAGUGGACUCUGGGGAAAAUAGCCGCUCAAAGGGAGAUUGUCAGACUUUGUCUGAAGGCUCCCCAGGAAGCUCUCAGUCUGGGAGCAGGCACAAUUCUCCUCGAGCCUUGACACAUGGCAUCAUAAGUGAUAUUCUGCCAAAAACCGAAGACAGGCAGUGUAAAACUUUAGAUUCAGAUGCAGUUGUGGUUGCAGUUUUCAAUGGCUUACCCACUGUUGAGAAAAGAAGGAAAAUGGUCACCUUGGGGGCUAAUGCUAAAGGAGGUCGCCUGGAAGGAAUGCCCAUGUCUGAUUUGGAAAAUAAUUCUGAAACUGGGGAAUUACAACCUAUAAUACCUGAAGGAGCUUCAGCUGCCCCUGAUGAAGGAAUUAGUAGCGACAGUGACAUUGAAUGUGACACUGAGAAUGAAGAGCAGGAAGAGCACAGCAGCAUGGGCGGAUUUAACGACUCUUUCAUGGCACAGCCCCCAGAUGAAGAUACACACUCCAGUUUUCCUGAUGGUGAACAAGCAGACCCUGAAAAUCUUCACUUCAGUACUGAUGAAAACAGUGGAAGUUCUUUCUUUUUUAGACAAGGUGUCUCUGUUGUUUGCCAGGUUGGCCUUGAACUCCUGGGCUCCAACAAUCCUCCUUUCUCGGCCUUCCAAGUAGCUGGAACUACAGAUGCUUGCUCUUGGAACCUAGCCACCAUGUUGUGAGGAAGCCCAAACCAGCAUACAUGGAGAAACCACACAAACAGACUUAUGUGGAUAUGAACUGAAGGCCCCACAGCUAUAGUCAUCAUCAGCUGCUUGACAUGUAAGUGCACAGCCUAAGUCUUUCAGCUGAUGCUCCAACCAUCAUGGAUCAGAGU